AUGCUAUCCUACAACCAGAGUAUUUACCAUCCUACAGUCUUCUUUCUCACUGGCAUCCCUGGCUUUGAAACUCACCACGCUUGGAUCUCCAUCCCAUUCUGUUGUCUCUAUGUCAUAGCUCUCUCUGGGAAUGGCAUGAUCCUGUUUGUCAUUAUUACUGAGUCAAGCCUCCAUGAACCCAUGUACUAUUUCCUCUCUAUGCUCUCUUUCACAGACGUAGGCCUGUGCCUUUCCACAGUGGUUACCAUGUUGGGUAUUUUCUGGUUCAAUGCUCGAGAAAUCAGCUUUGAUGCCUGUAUUGGUCAAAUGUUCUUUAUCCAUGGUUUCACAUUCAUGGAGUCCUCUGUGCUCUUGGCAAUGGCCUUUGACCGCUUUAUUGCCAUCUGUAACCCUUUGAGAUACUCUGCAAUCUUAACCAACUCAAGGAUCAUCAAAGUGGGCUUUGCAAUAAUUAUUAGGGGGACCACAGCCCUCGUGCCUUUACUCCUGCUCCUUAAACGUCUGUCCUUCUGCCGCAGUCAUGUUCUGCACCAUUCCUAUUGUUUUCACCCAGAUUUGAUGAAGCUUUCGUGCACAGACACCAAGAUCAACAGUGCAUUUGGUCUGACCAUUGUGAUCUCUACGGCUGGCUUGGACUCCAUCUUAAUCCUCCUCUCCUAUGUCCUGAUCAUCCACUCUGUGCUCAGUAUCGCCUCCUCAGAGGAGCGGAAAAAGGCAUUUGGUACCUGUGUCUCACAUGUCAGUGCUGUUGCUAUCUUCUACAUCCCAAUGAUCAGCUUGUCACUGGUGCACAGGUUUGGGAAGCAUGCCUCUCCACUCGUGCACACUCUCAUUGCCAACAUCUACCUGCUUAUCCCUCCUGUGAUGAAUCCCAUAAUCUAUAGCGUGAAGACAAAGCAGAUCCGCAAGGCCAUCCUCAAGAUGUUCCUUUCUAAGGCAGUUUAG